UAAAAGCGGCGUUGUGGUGACGUCACAGGCUCGUCCCCACUCUACACACGUACACACGUCUUGGUCGUGUUGGCCACAUUCAGCCAACGAAAUCACACGCUUGCUCUUAACGUCAACUGGAUGCAAGUGCGAUGAUUUCCACACACAUUGGACGUUUGUUUGUGGUCCGAAGGCGACAAAGGGACAAGGAGAAGCUUCAGCACGCUUGACGACAUCCAUAAUGGGCGACUGUGUAAACUGCAUCAGACGUCUCUUAAUGAUCUGCAGCUCCCUCAUGGCUCUGCUGGGUAUUUUGCUCAUAGUAGUGACAGUGUGGAUCUUUUUGGAAAAUGAUGAAAUUGGAAAAGUCGUGAUGGUCAACUCCACGGUGAGAUCUUCCGUCAGCUGCGGCCUGUUCCUGGGUAUCGUGCUCUUCCUUGUGGGCCUCGUGGGAUGCUUUGGGGCCCUCCGUCAAAAGCAGUUUCUUCUCAGCCUGUUCUUCAUGUCCAUCAUCAUGAUCUACAUAAUGCAGCUGCUUGGUCUCCUCUUGUUCUUCCUACACCGUACCAAACUCCAAAAGGAGGCCUUCAAAGCACAAAUGUAUGCAGCAUAUAGUGGGGCCAGUAGUGAAGCCAGUAGUGCAGAGGAAAAUCCAGCCGCACAGAAGACUUCAGAUUCCGAUUCAAAUCCUACUCCUCUAAGUCAUUGGGAUGGCUUGAUGCUGGCCUUUAAGUGCUGUGGAGUGUUCGGCCCGGAGGAUGUUAAAACCGGCAACCUCUCCGAAGUCCCCAAACAAUGCUGCGAAGAGCUGGCCGACGAUGUGAAAACAAACUGCCAGGACGGCAACCUCGUUGACAUCGUAUUCCCUUCCACGAUAGUGGGUUGUUAUGACAAAGUCCUUUCUGACUAUGAAGCAUACCCCUAUUGGAUUGGAGCCAUGGUCAUUUUGCUGCUCACCAUUGAGGUCUCUGCCAUGUGCCUUGCCGUGAUGCUCUACAGAGAACUCUAGCCAUCUGCAAAGUUUUUCCAGGGGAAAAAAGGAAAUCCAGCAGAAAGACGAUCAUCAACUCUGGUUUUUGUUUCUUUCGGCUUUUUCCUGAUUGAAAUUUAAUUGAAUAAUUGGUUGGGGAAAACAUGAAAUUCUUUAGUUCACAGUUGGACUUUUGAGGUGAGUUCGGACUUUGGAGGUAGUGGGUAACAAGGCAAGACAUAAAAAUGACGAGUGAAUGGGCAAGGUGGUGUAGAUUGGGCAUACCCUGUAAAGUCGACGUGAGGUGAGGACCAGAUGAAGCCCAAGAAGACACUACACUAACUUUUGGAUUUCAAGUCAAAUUUGCUUACCAGUUCUAGAUGUUUAAUGUAUGUUUUAGCUGUUACCCAUUCCCUUUGUUACUGUAUAUGUUAAAUUAUCAUUUCCCUAUAAUGUACAUUGUAUUUCAGGCACUUUUUUAUGAUGUGUAUAGCGAGGUGAAUGUCAAAGCUAAUAGCUCAUUUUAUUUUCUGUUCAUAUGUUAGAACUUAAUGCGGUCCAGAUGCGACUUACAUGGGCCGCUUACCGGUUUGGAGGUAUGCCACGGUCCGGGCCAGCUCUACACCGGUGUGUCAUGGUUCAUUUGCAUACUAUCAAUAAUUGGAUGUUUACACAAACCAGACCGUGAAGGAAACCCUGUUCAUAAAAUAAAAUGUCUUGGCUCAUGAUGUACAUUCGGCCUAUGAAAAUAUCCCAGUUUGAAAGUGGAGGUCCAUGCGUCCUGGCAAUUGCUUAGCAACAGUUGCUACAACAAUCACAUGACCCAACUAUUGUGGGUCGCCGCAAGCAAAUGAAACUAAUGGAUGGAUACCGCUUUAUCUAGACUUCAACCAUAGCCAUACUGAGGACAAAAAUGGAGCGGUGGGUGCAGUGAAGUAUGCUGGCCACACCCCAUUGCCCUGCCUUUAAGCCGAGAUCCCAAUCGGACCUGGCCUGUUUUUGUUUUUGCUUGGGUAGACCGUAUCACUCUGCUGUGGCUUCACUGGUAAAGCCAAAGUACUGUACGUGGUGCGUACCGACCACCUAAAAUCCAUACUGGAAACAUGUUGGUUCAGCACAUGUCUUCUGCAUCAACUACCCUCAUGUCCUUCACUACAUCCAUAAACCUCUUUGGUCUUCCUCUACGCCUCCUACCUGGCAGCAACCUACCAAUAUAUUCACUAUCUCCUCUGGACAUGUCCCAACCAUCUCAGUCUGGCCUCUCAACGUAAUGUCCCUCUGAUGGAAUCCUGAUCCUAUCCAUCCUGGUCACUCCCAAUGAGAACCUCAGCAUCCUCAUCUAGAGCAGGGGUCUCAAACUCAAUUAACCUGGGUGCCACUGGAGCUAGGGUCUG